GCCCCACAAAAAAACGCUAACAUGGGCAAUACUGAGAGCAACGUUACUAGCGGUGUCAAGAAGCAAGCUGGUGCUUCUGUCCAACCAAUUUAUAAAUUAUGCGAUUUAAAAGGGGGAGGCCUCCUAGUGGAAUUAAUGAAACGAGCCACACAAAACAAGCAAUAUGCAGAAUUAGAUCACGCGAUAAAAACAAAGGUGGAGCACUUUUUAUACAAUAAGGGGGCAGGGAGAUAUUUCGCAAUAUCGGAUUUGGUCCUGUUGCGGAACAAAGAACGCCCUCGUCACAAAUGGAUGCCGCAAUUGAAAGCAAUGGAAAACCCUGAGGAGUUCGAAAUCGACGACGAAGGCCCGGAAAUCACCGAAGAAGAAUAUCAAAAAAAUCCGCAUUUGUACCGUCACGUCUGCUGGAAAAUUAAAGAACGUGGUGCUGUGGGCGAGAGCAUAAUGCACUUGUGUUUACUAAACGCCACUUCUUUGCAUGCCGACAUCGCAAAAAGACUUUUGCGAUUUUACCCCAAACUGAUCAAUGAUAUUUACAUGUGCGAUGAAUACUACGGAGAGAACGUUUUGCACAUUGCUAUCGUAAACGAGGAUCCUUCGAUGGUAAAAUUUCUUCUGGAUUCGGGAGUUAACAUCCAGGAACGCUGCUGUGGCAAUUUUAUGUGUCCAGAGGAUCAAAAAUCCUCCCGGUUUGACUCCUUGGACCACGAGUGGGUCAAUGUCUGUCCAGAGACGAAUUAUGAAGGGUAUGUGUAUUGGGGGGAAUACCCACUCACGUUUGCUGCGUGUUUGGGACAGGAGGAGAGUUUCCGGUUGAUGCUGGCCAGAGGGGCAGAUCCGGACGCCCAAGACACGAAUGGGAACACGGUCCUGCAUUUGCUCGUGAUUUUGCAAAAAUUGGAGGCUUUCGAUAUGGCUUACGAGGUCGGGGCGAAAUUAUCCAUUCGAAACGUGUUGAACCUCACCCCACUAACAUUAGCCGCAAGACUUGCGAGAAUCGACAUGUUUUUCCACAUUUUGAACCUUGAACGUGAAAUUUACUGGCAAAUAGGUAGUAUCACUUGUGCUGCGUAUCCUUUGUCGCAAAUUGAUACAAUUGACAUUGAAACCGGGAACAUAAGUAAAACUUCUGCUCUAAAUCUUGUGGUGUUUGGUGACAAAGAUGAACAUUUGGAGUUAAUGGAUGGUGUUUUAAUCGACUUGCUUAACGCAAAAUGGAACACUUUUGUCAAAUUCAAAUUCUAUAAACAGUUUUUCACUUUUGCAUUCUAUUUCCUGAUUUCGCUAGUGGCUUUUACUUUGCGUCCAGGGCCUCCACAAAAGGUGAACGUCACUAAUGUGACUAUUCCGCAGCCUAACGCUGAAAAUUCUUCCCUGAAAUGGGAGAAUAUCACGUCGAUUCCCUUCGGGAAAAAGCUGGAUGACGACGACAGUGAUAUGGAAGAGUGGUGGGAUAAUUUACAGGAGGAAUGUCGCUUGAUGCAACUUGAUUCGCCCGAAGCUAAAACCCGAUUUACAGCAGAGGUUUUGAUGGUUGUUGGAGCUUUCGCUUAUUUGGCAGCUGCAGUCCGCGAAGCCCGGUUUCUGGGAGGUCGAAUGUUUUUUGAAAAUCUUAUGACUGCACCUUCAAGAGUCAUGUUUCUAUUUUCGUGCAUUUUGAUGUUAACAGUACCGUGUUUGCGUCUAGCUUGUCUCGACGAGUUUGAAGAUAUUGUCGCAGUGGUGAUUAUGUUGACCACAGCACCGUAUUUCCUCUUCUUCUGUCGGGGCUUCAAAACCGUGGGGCCCUUCGUCGUGAUGAUUUACAGAAUGGUCAUGGGCGAUUUGAUACGAUUUGCGUCGAUUUAUCUCGUGUUUGUCAUGGGUUUUUCGCAAGCGUUUUACAUCAUUUUUUUGUCGUUUGACAACCCACUAACCCCUGACGAUGUUGACGACUCUGCCACUAACCCCAUCUCCACCCCCAUUGAGUCGAUCAUGGCGAUGUUUCUAAUGUCAAUGACAAAUUUCGGUGAUUAUUACACAGCCUUCGAAAAAACCGACCACGAAUAUGAAGCCAAGAUGCUGUUUGUGGUGUUUAUGGUGAUCGUGUCUAUUCUGCUAAUCAACAUGCUGAUAGCCAUGAUGGGCAACACUUAUCAAAAAAUUGCAGAGACAAGAAAUGAGUGGCAAAGACAAUGGGCCCGAAUUGUUUUGGUUGUUGAAAGAGGAGUCAGCCCCUCUGAGCGUUUAAAACAACUCAUGGUUUACUCGCAACCCAUGUCCGAUGGAAGACGGGCUUUGGUGUUAAGAUUGAACCAAUCUGACGAGGACAAGGAGGAAAUGAAGGAAAUACUGGAAAUGAGGCGUAGACAUGAAAGACACAUCAAGAAGAGAAGCGAAAAGUUGAAAAAUUGAUACAGUAGGUAUAAAAUUUAUUAAGGACUUAAUUACGUCUUUAACAAGCAAAUUUGAAAAAUAACAGUCACUACAACGCUACAUUAUAAUAAAAAAAUGUUUCAAAUUUGUAUGUC